GCCGUGCUCUCGACGAGGCGGCCGUGGCGGUGGUGGUGGCGGCUCUGCGGUGUCUGUGGAGACAGAGACGGUGGCAGUGCCAUCUUCGGCUCGGUUGGCCCAGACUGCGGCUCAUGGCAGUGAGUGGCAUCCAUCGUCAGAAUGCCAUCCUGUUCUGAGACCCACCAGUUGGCAUGCUGUAUCUAGCCUCUAAUUUGUUUUGUAAUGCCUCACACUUCUUGAAUAGAAGUUUGAAGAGACCAAAACAAAUAGUCAAAAGACAAUCAGAAGAAACAGUGCUAAGAACAGAAGAAAAUUUAAGAUCAGUAACUGAAGAAAAAAUAAACAGCUAUGCAAAAUUCUCACAUGGAUGAGUACAGAAAUUCUAGCAAUGGCAGCACAGGCAACAGUUCAGAGGUAGUGGUAGAACAGUCUGCUGAUUUCAGUACUGAGAUUAUGAAUGUUACGGAAAUGGAACAGUCACCUGAUGGAUCUCCUAAUGUGAAUACAACUACAGAGGAAAAUGAAACAGCAAAUACUGUGGACCUUCCAGUGACAGAAACAGAAGCAAAUUUCCCUCCAGAAUAUGAAAAGUUUUGGAAAACUGUAGAAAGUAAUCCUCAGGAUUUUACAGGCUGGGUAUAUUUGCUUCAGUAUGUAGAACAGGAGAAUCACUUGAUGGCUGCCAGGAAAGCAUUUGACAAAUUUUUCAUACACUAUCCGUAUUGCUAUGGUUAUUGGAAAAAGUAUGCAGACCUUGAAAAGCGGCAUGACAACAUUAAACAAUCAGAUGAGGUGUAUCGCCGGGGGCUUCAGGCAAUACCUCUUAGUGUUGACCUUUGGAUACAUUAUAUAAACUUCUUAAAAGAAACAUUGGACCCUGGUGAUCCCGAGACAAACAGUACAAUAAGAGGAACUUUUGAGCAUGCUGUUCUAGCUGCAGGAACAGAUUUCCGAUCUGACAGACUGUGGGAGAUGUAUAUAAACUGGGAAAAUGAACAAGGAAACCUGAGAGAAGUUACAGCUAUAUAUGAUCGUAUUCUUGGUAUUCCAACACAGCUGUAUAGUCAUCAUUUUCAGAGAUUUAAAGAACAUGUACAGAAUAACUUGCCUAGAGAUCUUCUAACUGGUGAACAGUUUAUUCAGCUGCGAAGGGAAUUAGCUUCUGUAAAUGGGCAUAGUGGUGAUGAUGGUCCUCCUGGUGAUGAUCUACCAUCAGGAAUCGAAGACAUAACUGAUCCAGCAAAGCUAAUUACAGAAAUAGAAAACAUGAGACACAGAAUCAUUGAAAUUCAUCAAGAAAUGUUUAAUUAUAAUGAGCAUGAAGUUAGUAAAAGGUGGACAUUUGAAGAAGGUAUUAAAAGACCUUAUUUUCAUGUGAAACCAUUGGAAAAGGCACAACUAAAAAACUGGAAAGAAUACUUAGAAUUUGAAAUUGAAAAUGGGACUCAUGAACGAGUUGUGGUUCUCUUUGAAAGAUGUGUUAUAUCAUGUGCCCUCUAUGAGGAGUUUUGGAUUAAGUAUGCCAAGUACAUGGAAAACCAUAGCAUUGAAGGAGUGAGGCAUGUCUUCAGCAGAGCUUGCACAAUUCAUCUCCCAAAGAAACCUAUGGUGCAUAUGCUUUGGGCAGCUUUUGAGGAACAGCAGGGUAAUAUUAAUGAAGCCAGGAAUAUCUUGAGAACAUUUGAAGAAUGUGUUCUAGGAUUGGCAAUGGUUCGUUUGAGAAGAGUAAGUUUAGAACGACGGCAUGGAAAUAUGGAAGAAGCUGAAUGCUUGCUACAGGAUGCCAUUAAGAAUGCCAAGUCAAAUAAUGAGUCAUCAUUUUAUGCUAUCAAACUAGCUCGACAUCUUUUCAAAAUACAGAAAAACUUUCCAAAAUCAAGAAAUGUGCUUUUGGAAGCAAUUGAAAGAGACAAAGAGAACACAAAGUUAUACCUCAAUUUACUUGAAAUGGAAUAUAGUGGUGACCUCAAACAAAAUGAAGAAAAUAUCCUAAAUUGUUUUGACAAAGCUAUACAUGGUUCAUUACCUAUUAAAAUGAGAAUUACAUUUUCUCAGAGAAAAGUGGAAUUUCUUGAAGAUUUUGGUUCAGAUGUUAAUAAGCUUCUGAAUGCUUAUGAUGAACAUCAAACACUCCUAAAAGAACAGGAUUCUUUAAAAAGGAAAGCAGAAAAUGGAUCAGAGGAACCAGAGGAAAAGAAAGCACACACAGAAGAUACAACUUCAUCAUCUACACAGAUGAUUGAUGGUGACUUACAAGCAAAUCAAGCUGCAUAUAAUUAUAGUGCCUGGUAUCAAUACAAUUAUCAGAAUCCUUGGAAUUACGGACAAUACUAUCCUCCCCCUCCAACCUGAUGUUAAAAAUAAAUACCAGAUUCCCUGUGUGAAAAGUAUGAAAUUAUUUUUUUUUAAUGAGGGAUGUAAACAUAGCGUAAGCUUGUUGUAUUUGAUAACUUGUCUUCCCUGUUUCUGUGUAACAUGAUUUGUUUAGUAAUAGGGGAAAAUGUCACUUAGUAGCUUACCACAGAUACUAUUUCCUACCAUUUAUAAAAUUUACUUUUUAUCGGAGAACUAUUUUUUUGAUUUUUGCAUUAAGUGGUCUAGAAUUCUUUUGCAAUGCAUUUGCAACUGAGUUUUGUAGCCUUAAGGGUAGGAAAAAAAGCUGACUGCAAAUCAUGUCAGUGUAGUACAAGAAAAUACAUAAGGGCUGGUUAUUAAGGAUUUACCUCCUCUUAAAACAAAAAAGGAUUUUUAACCUUUGCUGACAAAAGAUUUUGUCUGUGUUUCAAUUAUCCUUGUGAAUUGGGAUCUAACAGCAGAAAAGAUACCUAUUAAAAUACUGUAUUGGAAUAGAGAUUAUAAAUGAGGAAAUGGAAUGUUUGCAUCCCUUUAAAAAAGUGAAAAUUGUAUCAAAACUUGUUACAGGAGACUUUGUAUUUGGAAUAUUCAUGUAAAACUUGUGAGCAAGCUUUCAUUUUGAUCAAACUGAUCAUCUUCAUUUUUGUAAUAAAACUGAAGACUCAUCCAGUAA